CCAGAAAGCAGCCAAUAAACGAAGAGACGGGUUGGUGGGGGCGAAAGGGGGAGGGCGCUCGUGACGAUGACGUCAAACGCCUGCGCUAUGUUGUUCUCAGCUUGCUAGAAGAACACAGAAGUUUGUAGCUAGCAACCCCAACGAUGGCAGAUGCCAGAGGAGCUAUCCAGGCCGUUCUUAGUAGAUUUCCACACAUCAGUGUGUUAAAACCGGAGCAAGAGGAUGCCUUGAUUAAUUUCAUCCAAGGGAAAGAUGUCGUGGCUUUGCUCCCAACGGGUUUCGGGAAGAGCCUCAUUUUUCAGCUAGCUCCACUCGUAGCUAAGGAGUUGGCUACACGCAAUGGCACUGAGUUGAACCCCAUUGUUGUUGUUGUUUCGCCUCUCUUGGCUUUAAUGGAGGACCAAAUAAUGGAAGCAGGGAAAUUGGGAGUUAGUGCAGCACAGCUCGGCGUGCAUGAAGAGCAGGACAUCUUAGAUGGACGCUUCAGUUUGGUCUUUGGAAGCCCAGAGUCUUGGCUGCUGAACUCUAAAUGGCGACGUAUGCUAUCAUCAGCUGCUUACAGAGACAACAUUCUCGGUGUCGUUGUGGAUGAAGUCCAUCUCACGUACAAAUGGGGUGAGGUGUCGACAGGCGAGACUGCAUUCCGGGAGAGUUUUGCAAAGCUCGGAGAACUGAGAUCUAUCACGAAGGAAGGUACACCUGUAUUGGCGUUGACUGCUUCUGCAGACAUCAAGUCCAGAGAUCGCGUCACCAGCCUACUUCACAUGGACAAUGCCGUGCACAUCCUUGCUAGUCCCAACAAGACCAACAUCCGUCUGGGAUUGAAGAAUGUGCCCAGAUAUGAACUGGACUGCCUUGACUGGGUUGUUCAACUUGUGAAAGGCAAGGGAUCAACUAUGCAGCCAAUAAUAAUUUACUGUCAGACUAUGCCAAAGGUGGGAAGAGUUUUUGCGUACUUGAAGGCUGAACUGCAACAACAUGCCUGGGUGGACUGUGACUCAGACUGUAAAAGUGAGAACCUCUUGAUUGGUAUGUUUCACAGCAAGACCCUCCCCCAACACAAGGACAGAGUGCUGGCUUCACUGCGGGGGGAAGGGAAUUGUCGCGUUGUUGUAGCAACAACAGCUUUGGGGAUGGGCUUGAAUUUCCCAAAUGUAUCACAUGUGAUUAUGUAUGGUGUUCCAGGGGACCUUGAGUCUGUUAUACAGCAGGUGGGGAGGGCUGGAAGAAAUGGUCAGUCAGCACACGGCAUUAUUUACAACAUGGGACAGAAUUACAAGGCGGAGAAGGAAGUGAAAGAACUGCUCAACCUCGGAAAAACGACAUGUGUCAGGAAAGUACUGUUCUCACAUUUUGAAGCUGAGCCCUGUGGUGUUGAGCCAAUGCACCAGUGUUGCACAUUUUGUCAAACUGUCUGUUCUUGUUCAUCGGGCACAUGCACAGAACCCACACCAGAUUAUGAACAGACUCAGGGUAAGCCAGUGAACCUGAGAUCAAGGCAUGUUACUGCAGAGGACAAGUCCUUGAUUGUUGACAUGCUGAAUGGAUACAGAGACAGCCUGAUCAGUCCAUCAGCUCACCUCUUCACCUCACCUGAAGCAUGCACUGGAUUCAGUCAAAAACUGGUGGACUCUGUGUUGAACAACUGUCAGUAUAUAUUUGACCUGCCCUACAUUCUAGCCAACAUUCCUGUUUUCAGAAUAGAGCAUGCCAGAGAGGUUUUACAGAUCAUAAGCGAUGUAUUCGGAGAUGUGGACACAGAUCAGCUUGAGGAUGAGCAGUCUGAUGCAGGGGAAAGACACACUCUCCCAGAUUUGUAUUACACUGGCUACUAUGACGAAGCUGAUGAUACAGAUGAUCCACUCAGCAGCCAUGUCACUAGCUCUGAGUCAGAGUAUUAA